AUGCCGACACCCAACUGCGUCGGUCGCCGCGAGACUUGGGUGGGACAUCGAUCCACGAUGGGGCAUAGGCCAUCAUUGUCACCGCCUGCCGAAGCUCAACAUGUCAGGGAGAACCUGUAUCCUCGCUUGGGCGAGCUAGUGGGAAAGACGCUGGUUGUGGAUGCUGCCACCAACUACCCGUCGGAAGGUGAUGUGUUGGCUGGGCUCAUCUUUGAGUUCGAUGGCAGGGCUGAAGCGGUGCCAGCAGGAAAGCGCCAGGUGCUGCUGAGUGACAGCAGUCUGAACCGACCUCAGGCGCGCUUCACCUUCACGAAGGAGUCCGUUGCGGUCGCAGUGCGCAAGCUGUUUCCGGCCAUCUGGUUGGAAGGAUGUGCCUUUCCCUUCGUUAAAGGAUCUUGUGAAUGCCAAGGUGUUUUCCUAGGUUUGGAACACGACCUCUCCACAGCCCUCACCGAGGGCUUUGUGACCUUUUGGGUGAGGGAGAAGCUUUUCACCAAAUUGAAUGGCAUGAUCCAGCAUGCCUUGAACACUCAGGCGCUUCGUGCAGGACAAGCUUCCAAGAUGUUUGGAUUGCUCAAUUUCUUGGGGCAGGGCAUAUACGGCCGCGUGGGCCGUGGAGGUCUUGCAGCCCUCGCCGACCGCCAGCAAUCCUCAGAUUCUCACCUCACUCAGGAACUGCGUGACUGCUUUCAGGUGGUGAAGGCGAUCGUUGCUAUGAAACCGUGCCGCCAAUUCUGGGUCGUGGCUCCGCCAGAAGCGCCACGACAGGGCACUGGCGGGUUCCUUUUGGUCUGGCAGCGCGGUCGAGCGCAAUGCUGGGAGGGAUUCGUGGCCGCACAGCCAGCGAGGCUGUACGGCUUGUGGUCCUCGGGCGAGAAGAAAAUAGCCCAGAUGGAACUCAGUAUGGUACUGUUUGCCCUGGUCGCGCGGCCGAAUGAUUUUCGAAACCGCAGGGGGGUCUGGUACCUCGACAACACCUCGGCCCUCAUGUCGUUGAUCCGCGGUCGCUCGGAUAGUGCUAACUUGUCUCGACUUUCCAAGCUGAUCCACCUUUGUCUGUACGCGUACCAGACAUGGGUUUACUGGGAGUGGGAGUGGGUCCCUUCAAAGCUCAAUUGUGUUUAG